GUAAGCACGUCGAGGUCCAGGGAAGGCCCAGUGCGUGCAGCGGUGCGGUGCCCACGCCUCUCGCCCCGGGCGCCUCGCACGCUGCCAAGACCGCAGGUGCCCAGUAAAUAUUCGUGGGUUGGAAUGGCGCAGAGGGCAGGGAGACUCUGCGUGUCGACGUCCACACUUGACUGGGCCAGGGCCGCGGUUAUUGAUGAGAUGCCAGAAGCUGCCGUGAAAUCAACAGCCAACAAAUACCAAGUCUUUUUCUUCGGGACCCACGAGACGGCAUUCCUGGGCCCCAAAGACCUCUUCCCUUACGAGGAGUCCAAGGAGAAGUUUGGCAAGCCCAACAAGAGGAAAGGGUUCAGCGAGGGGCUGUGGGAGAUCGAGAACAACCCCACCGUCAAGGCUUCUGGCUACCAGUCCUCCCAGAAAAAGAGCUGCGUGGAAGAGCCCGAGCCUGAGCCUGAACCCACCGAGGGUGACGGUGAUAAGAAGGGGAAUGCUGAGGGUAGCAGUGAUGAGGAAGGGAAGCUGGUCAUCGACGAGCCAGCCAAGGAGAAGAACGAGAAGGGGGUGCUGAAGAGGAGAGCGGGAGACAUGCUGGAGGACUCCCCUAAACGUCCCAAGGAGGCAGAAGACCCUGAAGGGGAGGAGAAGGAGGCAACCACCUUGGAGGGUGAGCGGCCCCUCCCUGUGGAGGUGGAGAAGAAUAGUACCCCCUCUGAGCCUGGCUCUGGCCAGGGGCCUCCUCAAGAAGAUGAAGAGGAGGAGGAGGAGGAGGAGGAGGAGGAGGAGGAGGAGGAAGAGGCUGCCAAGGAAGAUGCUGAGGCCCCAGGCAUCAGAGAUCACGAGAGCCUGUAGCCACCAAUGUUUCAAGAGGAGCCCCCGCCCCGUUCCUGCUGCUGUCUGGGUGCUACUGGGGAAACUGGCCAUGGCCUGCAAACUGGGAACCCCUUUCCCGCCCCAUCCCGCUCUCCUCUUCUGCUCACUUUCCCUACUCCAAGCUCAGCCCCUGGAGAUAGACUGGGUGGGGCAGGCCACCUAGUCCUCACCUCUAGGGUCCCUAUAACCCUGUUAUCUGAGUCAGGGCCAUGUCUUCUGCUGCCUGGGCUGGGACGAGGCCAUUGCGAGACUUCCUGCUUGGAGCUGUUUUCUGGGCUUCUGUUGGGGCCUAGGCCAGCUGUUUCCACCUCCUGGACACCCUUCUCCCCGUUCCCCAGGCAUUCUGGACCUCUGGGUUGGAAUCAGGGGUGAGAGUGGAAGGGACAGAGCAUAAUCAGCAGAGUGGGCUUCUGGGGCCUGGAAGGGGCAAUCCUCAAAUUAGGUGGGAGGUAGGAGGGUGGCAUCCUCUUGAACUCCUGUCCCCUCUUACACCUAUUAUCCCAGCUGCCUAGAUUCAGGGAAAGUGGAACAGCUUACAGCUUGUGGGGGAGGGGCUCCCUUCCAUACAUCCUUGGUGAUUGACUGACAACCCAUUGUUUCUCUGGUUGACCCCAGGAGUUCUGGGAGUUGUAGUUUAUCAUCAAAAGAUUUGGGGGCUUCCAAGUUGUUUGGGCCAAGGACCUGAGAUCUGAAGGGCCAACCUUAGCCAUUUGGGUGGAAGUGUUAAGGAGCACCUGUCACCCUUUAGAUCUCUGGAGCCAGAGAUGGGAUGCCUGGAGAGACCCCUACUUCACUUUUCCCUCUUCCCACAGUGCUCAAGGCCAGCUUACAGUCAUAUAUAUCACCCAGACAUAAAGGAAAAAACACAUUUUUUAGGAAAUGUUUUUAAUAAAAGAAAAUUACAAAAAAAAUUUUAAAGACCCCCCCCCGACCCUUUGUGUGCUCCUCAUUUUGCUCCUUUCUUCCCCACUGUUGUCCCCACUUCUGAGGUGCACUGGGAGGCUCCCCUUCUUUUGGGGCUUGAUGACUUUUUUGUAGCUGGGGCUUUGGUGUUCCUUCCAGUGUCAUUUCCCAUCCACACACCUAGACCUAGUCCCCUCAGUGUUGUCACCAGAUGAGAUCCGAUUUGUAACCCACUGAGAGGACAGAGGAAAAUAAGUGCCCUCUUCCUAGUGGUCUCUCUAUGCCUCUCUUCCGUCUCUUGUCUCUUGUACCCUGGCCCCUCUCCCUUGGGCUCUGAUGAAAAAUUGCUGACUGUAGCUUUGGAAGUUUAGCUCUGAGAAUAGUAGACGAUUUCAGUUCUAGGACAAUAAAACCCGUUGAUUACUA